AUGAGCAACCACCUUUCCAUGACCAAGAGUGACUGGCAGGUCAUUACGAGCGAGAAGAUACCCACUGACGGCAUCAUCUUGACAGGGGAAGAAGGGUCCCUACGGCUGGCGCAUGUUGUGGCUAUUGCCAGCAUGGAUAUCAACUUUGAGAUCGGAGGUUUUGGUCAAGCGAGUCCAGGACAUAUCUCUGCUUCGGGAGAUUUGUCUCCGCUCGCAUAUGUCGCUGGGCUUAUCGAAGGCAAUCCAGACACAUUUGUUCAGAUAGAUGGACGCGAUACAAAUCAGCAGCCGCAAGUGGCUUCUGCCUCAGAUGCUCUGAAAGAUCUCAACAUCACACCUGUUCGACUACAGGUCAAGGAGGCACUAGGGAUCAUGAAUGGCACAACACCAAGCGCCGCCGCAGCUUUGGCACUUUAUGACGCCAGCAAUCUUGCAAUUCUCACUCGAGUUCUCACCGCAAUGUCAACCGAAGCCUUAUACGGAACAGAAGACAACUAUCACGAGUUCAUCGCUCAGUGUCGGCCUCAUCCCGGUAAAAUCGAGGCAGCGAGCCUCGUGCAAGACCGAUACGCAUUGCGCACCGCGUCUCAAUGGAUCGGGCCUGUCCUCGAAGACCUCGUGGCCGCCUCACGGCAGGCCAAUACGGAGCUAAACUCAACGACCGACAACACAUUGAUAGAUGUGACAAGCGAUCGAUUCCACCAUGUGGAAACUUCCAGGCAAGCUCCAUUACCUCUGUGA